AUGCAUAGCUUAUUCAUAGGCUCUAGCAUCGCUCUUUCUCUUGUUCUCACCACUACAGCCCUCUAUCAUAGACCGGUCGACCACGGUCACUGGAAUGAACUCCUAGACACCCUAAAUACAUCACACAAGCAGAAGACAGGGCUUCCCUUUGUUAUCGAUACCUUCCAGAAUCCAACCCACAAUGAUCUGGGAUUUUGGCACGGCUCUGGCGAGAAUCUCUCAGUGCAACAUGGACCGGGGUUCAUCCGUCUGUUCCCAAAAGACCCAGACCAGAACUUCCACACGCAAUUCGAUUCCAACACUUGCUACAGCCUGAUGCCAUGGUACAAUGAUCUCCUUCAUGUCGUCUUCGAAGGCACAGAUAAAUUCAGCGUCUCAUUAAACCAACACAAUGACGAAUGCAAUCCACGACGCAGUCCCUUCCCCAGCAUCGCAGAUUCAGUCCAAGCAGAGCGAUACGUGGUACGCACAGACUCUGAGGAGUCGCGCGAUGAUAAUUGGGACUAUGAAGAUGAUGACUACGAUGAAGAUGAUGAUAUGGAUAUGGUUACCCCGAGAGACACGCAUGGCAAGCUUGGGAGACAUUGUCAGAACGGUCGACGACCCAAGCAUGCCAAAGGUAGUGCCAGAAUUCCAGUAGGCCGUCGUGACCUCUAUAUUCCCCUCACUCACUUCGAGAUCGAUUUCAAUCGGGUUGUCUCUGUUUCUUUCCAUGGCUUCUAUACCGAAGAACCCAUGACGCUACAUCGCGUUGAGAUCGUUUCUGCUGUCCCAGUGCCAUCGCCAGAGAAUGGUCAUUUUCGUUUGCCUGGCAAGCUGCCAAGUGGGAGGUUGGUGCUUCGUUGUUCGCGUCCGAACUCGUUUGCUUUUGGCAUCGAUGAUGGGCAGCCUCAGUUCUCUCAGAGGGUCAUGCGUAUCCUUGACGAGGAGGAUGUGCGAGUGACUUUUUUUGUUGUUGGGGUUGGACUCAGAGAUCGGUCGUCGAAUUUCACUGCGUUCUAUAAGGAGAUGUUGAAGAAGGGUCAUCAGAUUGCGCUCCAUUCGAACACUCAUCCGAAGAUGGAAUCACUUCCCACCGUUGGUCAAAUUGAUGACGAGAUUAUCCAAACGAUACAGGUAUUCAAAGACCAACUGGGUAUUGAGUCUUCAUACUUCCGACCACCGUUCGGCACAGUAGCAGCACGCCUACGCCAGCAACUCUCUCGACACAUUGCAAACCCCUACAUCGUGAAUUGGAGCGUGGACGUCGAGGAUUGGCUAUGGGCCAAUACAUCCUCACCAGAGAAACAACUGGAUGCAUUCUACCGCGGUGUGGCAAAUGGUGGAAACCUCGCUGUGAUGCACUACCUUAACCCGACUACAAUUGGGUAUCUCCCACAGUUCAUUCGGCAUGUGAAGAGCGCUGGGUAUCACAUUAUGCGCAUUGAUCAGUGUUUGGAGGAUGCGUCCGCUCCGCCACUGUGA